GUUUACUUUGUUGAAAUCCAAUGCUAUAAAUAAAACUUCAAUAUACACUCAAGGUAUGAUAAGUGGAUAUUGAGUUAUAAAUUUGAGGUUGAUUGGCCUUGUGGUGGAAGAAAAAUACAUUUGCAUUGUAAAUAGUGCAAGGGAAAUUUCUACCCAGGAUAAAUUCUAGCUCCAGAAAAGUACUCCUAUGUUUCCUUUUUAAAAAGGGCAUUGGCCCCUGCCUCCACUAUUUUCUUUUCCAUUGAAAUUACUCUAAAUCCUGUCCAAGUAGUGUCUACUGGUGUCAGGCAAUGUUUUUCCACCUGCAGUUUGUUGCAAGUUGAAGAAAUUGUGGAGAAGGCACUAACUUCUCCAUUCAUACAGACUUCACAAGAGCAUUUUCAGUUACACCAGCCGCUUGGAAACAGCAACCAAUAUUCAUGUCAUUGGCACUGGGCUAUUAAUAGUUGAAAGGAAUGAAGGGACAUACUCCAUGCAGGAAGCAUGAUCCUAUAAUGGAGGCCCCCUGGCUUUGACCUUCACAAAACCACAUAAUGCUUCAACAGAAUUCUCACAUACUGGGUGUUAUGAAUGCCACAUCAGCAGAUGAAAAAUGCUUGAAAAUCCGAAGUGCCUCUAAGGCUAUAAAUCACAAACUAGGGAAUAUUUUACUUCGAUGUGCUGGUUAAGGAAGAAUCUCAUUUUUAUGCUUGACAUUUCUGGGCACCAUUGGCAGGAUUCAGAAUCAAGUUUAAUAUCACUGGCAUACAUCAUGAAAUUUGUUGUCUUUGUGGCAGCAGUACAAUGCAAUACAUGAUAGGAAAAAAUGUGAAUGAUGGUAAAAAAUAUGUAAAUUUUAAAUAAAUAGUGCAAAAAUAGAAAAUUUAAAAAAUAGUGAGGUAAUGUUUGUUGGUUCAAUGUCCAUUCAGAAAUUGAUGGCAGAGGGGAAGAAGCUGUUCCUGAAUUGUUAACUGUGUGCCUUCAGGCUUCUGUACCUCUUUCCUGAUGGCAGCAAUGAGAGCAAGGCACAACCUGGGUGGUGGGAAUCCUUAAUGAUGGCUGCCACCUUUAUUUUUGAGGCAUCACUCCUUGAAGACAUCCUGGAUACUACAGAGGCUAUUGCCCAUGAUGGAGCUGACUCAGUUUACAGCUCCCUGCAACUUUGAUACUGUUCAGUAGCCCCCCCCCCCCCCACCCACAUACCAGACGCUGAUGCAACCAGUUAGAAUAUUCUGUACAGUGCACCUGUAGUAAUUUGUGAGUGUCUUUGGUAACUUAACAAACCUCCUCAAACUCCAAAUGAAAUAUAGACACUGUCAUGUCUUUUUUUCGUAGCUGCAUCAAUAUAUUGAGUCCAGGAUAGAUCUUCAGAGAUAUUGACACCCAGGAGCUUGAAGUUGCUCACUGUUUCCUCUCUUAUCCCUCUGUGAGGACUGGUGAACAUUUCUUGUCAUGCCCUUCCUGAAGUCCACAAUCAGUCCUUUGGUCUUACUGAGGUCGAGUGCAAGGUUGUUGCAGCAACAGCACUCAACUAGCUGAUCUCACUCCUGUAUGUCCUCUUAUCACCCUCUGAAGUUAUGCCAACAAUAGUUAUAUCACCAGCAAAUUUGUUGAUGGCUUUUCAGCUGUGCCUAGCCACACAGUCACGGUGGAGAGAGAGUAGAGUAGUGGACUAAGCACACAUCCCUGAGGUGUGCCGAUGUUGAUUGUCAGUGAGGUAGAGAUGUUAUUUCUGAUCUGCGUAUUGUGGUUAGGAAGUAGAGUAUCCAAUUGCAGAGAGAGGUACUGAGGCCAGGUUCUGGAUCUUUUUGAUCAGAACUGUAGGUAUGAAGGUGUUAUGCUGAGUUGUAGUCAAUAAACAGCAUCUUGACAUAGGUAUUUGUAUUGUCCAGGUGAUCCAAGGCUGUAUGAAGAGCCAAUUAGAUUGCAUCUGCUGUGGACCUACUGUGGUGAUAAGCAAAUCGCAGUGGGUACAGGUCCUUGCUGAGACAGGAGUUAAUUCUAACCAUAACCAACCUGUCAAAGCACUUCAUCAUUGUCGAUGUGAGUGCCAUUGGGUGAUGGUCGUUAAGGCCCCUCACCUUGCUUUUGGGCACUUAAUAUAAUUGUUGCCCUUUUGAAGAAAGGUUCUCUUAAUUGGAGGCAUUUUGUGUCAUAAAAGAGAAGAGGACUCUAUUAACAGAAGGAAAUAUCUUCAAAUAGCUUCAGUCACUUUGUAACAUUUUAAAUUGAUGAACCCUUAUGAUCCAAACAGGUUCUGUGUGUCUUUUUAAAAUAUUAUAAGUUAAACUUUUUAUUAAUGUUCUUAACUUUAUACAUUCCAAUGGAAAUGAUUUCAGUACCUUUAGUUUGUUAUUACAGUAAAACUCCAGUAUUCUGCUUUCCCAUUGUCUGAAGGUGCUGAUGGUUCUGUAUCACUGAAAUUUCCUUUCCUUGCUUUUAAACCUUUUGAACACUCUUUAAACUAAUGUGAUUCACUGGUAAGCCUAUUAUACUGCUGUAUAACAUCAAAAAAUGAAAAAUGUUUUGAAGAAAUAUCCAAUAGUUUAGUAAAGUCUGCAAAAUUAAGGUCUUGAGGAUGCCAGAUUAAUGUAGUUCACUUGUAAUUAUUAAUUGGUUAAGUGCUGCUUCUAUAUUUUGAUAUGAGCUGCUUGUGACUAAGGCCAAGCAGAAAAAUAAAUCAAAUAAGAAGCAAAAAAAAAACGAUGUUCAUGCUUGAAAUCUGAAAUGAAAACAUGUUGGGAGUCUUCGCAGCUCUGGCAGCAUCUGUGGAAAGAGAGAAAGUAAACAUUAAGUUGGAAACCCCUAAGUGAAUCAGUUGCUGAUCCCUGGAAUAUAUGGGGCUUCUUUGAUGCUUUCAUCUCUCUGAAACCAGGCAGAUGAAACAAUAUUGUCCCUUUUUAAAGUUCAGUGUCUGGCUAAUUAAAUAUAUUUGGAUCUUGACUUCAAAACUUAUUAAAGCUGUCUCAAUUUGGAAAUGUGCAUUUUUCUAACUGAAACAUAUUCUGUUGCACAUAGCUUAUUUUCAUGUGACUGAAAUUUAAAACAGUAUGAGGAGCAGCCUUUUUGUUUUGCUUUUGAGGGAAGUGUCAACAAAUUAUUAUCUGUGACAUUACUUUUUGAAUUGACAUACUUUGCUUAAAUCUUUCAGAUUGCUUUUCAGUUCUACACAUGUGAAGAACUACUUGUCAGAGAAUGGACCAGUCCCCUCAGUCCUACAUGCUUGCCAAUCUGACACAUCCGCAUUCUGAACAGUUGCUGCAGGGAUUAAAUCUUCUUCGACAACAUCGUGAACUUUGUGACAUUGUCCUCAGGGUUGGUGAUGUCAAGAUCCAUGCCCACAAGGUGGUGCUGGCUAGCAUCAGCCCAUACUUCAAAGCCAUGUUUACCGGAAACCUUUCAGAGAAUGAAAACUCUGAAGUUGAAUUUCAGUGCAUUGAUGAGACUGCUUUGCAGGCCAUUGUAGAGUAUGCAUACACAGGAACUAUAUUCAUUUCGCAAGAUACAGUAGAAUCUCUCCUGCCAGCUGCAAACUUGCUUCAGAUCAAACUUGUGCUAAAAGAAUGUUGUACAUUCCUUGAAAGUCAGCUUGAUCCUGGCAAUUGCAUUGGUAUUUCUCGGUUUGCUGAAACGUAUGGUUGUCAUGACUUGUACCUUGCUGCCAACAAGUACAUCUGUCAGAAUUUUGAAGAUGUAUGCAAGACUGAAGAAUUUUUUGAAUUAAACCACACAGAGUUGGAUGAAAUAAUCUCGAAUGACUGUCUGAAUGUUGUGACGGAGGAAUCUGUUUUUUAUGCAUUAGAGUCAUGGAUUAAAUAUGAUCUGCAAGAAAGACAAAAAUAUUUAGCACAGCUGUUGCACUGUGUUCGACUGCCAUUAUUAAGUGUAAAAUUUCUGACAAGAUUAUAUGAAGCAAAUCAGCUAAUUCGUGAUGAACAUACUUGCAAGCACCUUCUAAAUGAAGCCCUUAAAUAUCAUUUUAUGCCAGAGCACAGAUUUUCCCAUCAGACUGAGUUAUUGACUCGACCACGUUGUGCCCCCAAAGUACUUUGUGCUGUCGGUGGAAAAACUGGAUUGUUCGCAACAUUAGACAGUGUGGAAAUGUACUUCCCUCAGACAGACUCCUGGACAGGUCUGGCACCACUCAGUAGCCCACGCUAUGAAUGCGGAGUUGCUGUUGUUGAUCAAAAACUUUAUGUGGUAGGAGGAAUUGCAACCCAUAUUCAACAAGGAAUCAACUAUCGAAAACAUGAAAAUUUGGUGGAAGGUUGGAAUCCAGAGACCAACAAAUGGACAUCAGUAGAACGAAUGAAUGAAUGCCGAAGCACUCUUGGAGUGUCUGUUUUAGCCGGUGAACUCUAUGCAAUAGGUGGUUAUGAUGGAGAAAAUUAUUUGCAAUCUGUGGAAAAAUACAUUCCUAAAAUCAAAAAAUGGCAGCCCAUUGCACCUAUGUCAAAAAGUCGCAGUUGUUUUGCAGCUGCAGUUUUGGAUGGCAUGAUAUAUGCUAUAGGAGGAUAUGGUCCUGCCCACAUGAACAGUGUGGAGCGUUAUGAUCCAAGCAAAGAUUCCUGGGAGAUGGUAGCUCCAAUGGCUGAUAAAAGAAUUAACUUUGGCGUUGGUGCAAUGCUUGGAUUCAUCUUUGUUGUUGGUGGACACAAUGGUGUAUCACACUUGCAAAGUGUUGAGAGAUAUGAACCCCAUCAAAAUCAGUGGACUUUGUGUAGACCAAUGAAUGAUCCAAGAACAGGAGUUGGUGCGGCCAUUGUAGAUAAUUACCUCUAUGUGGUGGGAGGUCAUUCAGGGUCAUCGUACCUGAACAUGGUACAGAGGUAUGACCCAACCCUAGAUACUUGGUCAGAUUCUACUGGUAUGUUAUCAUGUCGGUGCAACUUUGGGCUGGCUGCAUUUUGAUCGUUGCUUUGAUUUAUGAAGAAUUUACCGUGGUAAUAAAUCCUGCAUGACAAGAUGACCAACUGUGCUGAGAUUGAGGAGAUACACAAUCUUGCAGGUUUCACUGAGAAUCUUGGCUGCUACUGUUGGUAUUUACUUUGCAGAAAGUAUUGUUUUUAAUCAAAUUGGUUAUAUUGUAUGAUCUUGUGCUAUGGGGAAGAUAAACUGAUGCCUGAAAUAGCCAGGGCUAAAAGAGCCCUAGCAUUUCUAACUUAUUAACAUUCCCCUCCAUUUUAAGUAAUUGUUGCCUCCACCCAUCCUCAUUUUAAUUCUAAUGAAUUGCACAAGUUCAAAGCCCUUUCAACUUGAGUCCAUUUCUGUUUAGUCCAUUAUUUUUUUAAACACCUGUGAGUUACAUAAAAACUUUAAGGGCUGCCUUGUCAUAUCUGUCACAAGUUUUUGAAUAUGACUUCCUCUUUGCUUAUAUUAUGCAGUGUGGUUUAUGUAAUUUGUAGAUCUGAUGACAUGCUAUUGUGUAUAUUUUGCUUCUUUUAGCAAUCUUCCAUCUGAGUGAUAAGGUCACUUAUCAAUAUUUAAUAUCUGAUCUGGUUUUAUUCAAAGUGAAACAAUAUACAUCUAAAAAUAUUAAUUGGGUUACCUGUGCAACUGCAAUUGUACUUUUCAUGGUUUAAUGUUUUGGAAGUUCUUAAUUUCCAUUGUUACAAACCUAUAUUCACAUAGGAAUAUUAUGUCUGAAUCGGAUAGUUAAUAGACUUUGUGAAUAUAGCAUGAUAUUUUAAACAAUACUGAUUUUUUAAAAAAUAUUUGUAUAUUUGCCAUGUUAUUCAGUUCCAAUUGCAGGUGUUAAGUUUAUUUGUGUAUUCCUGUAUUAAUAUUCUAACAGCUGCUGUUCAGAGAAACUUAGUACUUGGUGCUAUCCUAGAAUUCAGGACAUAGAUGUUACAAGCAACACACAGAUGUUACAUACAUAUUUGUUGUAAAUGUCCUGUAAAUUGAUUUUUUUUAACUACCAUCAUUUUUGAGUAGGUCUCGCGUACCUCUGAGCAAGCAUAUCUGGAGUGAAAUAGUUAAUUUAACUUUCAGCUUCUAAAAUCCUAACCUUGCUGGCUAAUUUGUUCAACACUGCAAACCUAAAUAAUUCAUUUUCAUCUGCCUCUCAUUAUGCAUGUUUUUCUCUGAUUCUAGUCCAUUUGAACUAGACCUUGAAUUUGUUUUUUUUUAAAAAAUUGGUUGCCAAACUUUUUUGUUUUGUAAGUUUUUAAUGUACUUUGCAGACACUGUUUUUCUGUAUGUUACAUGACAUUAAUGUAGACAAUUUUGUUCAAUUAAUAUAAACGUCCAAAAUGAUUUCCAGAUGCACUUUUUCAAAGUAUUACAAAUAUAAUCUCCCAAUAAAACUGCAGUUUUUUCUGCACCUAAAAUGUGCAAAAAAGGUGUAAUUGUAGCAAAGUUUGAAUUAACAAUCAGUUAAACAAAGGUUCUUUUUGACUUGAUUGAAGCUAUAAUUAGUAUGUUUAGACCAGAUUAGCAAAGUACCAGCACAAGUUUGUACAUGUGCUUGGUAAAGUGUACAUUUUGUUUUAGAUUGGUAGAGUAAAUAGUUGUGCAUUUUGGUGGUUGCAUGGACAUGUGUCUGUGCAUUUGCAUUAGUGUUUCAGAUUGGGCUUUAUCAUUGUGUGCUACUUAGUAUCUAUCCUAACCUUCUAAAAGUUUCUGGAUCUUGAUGAUGAAAGCUACAUGCGUUUGUUGGAAUAAAAUGGUGCAAUAACAUUUUUAUAUGGCUUUUUUAUUAAGUGUAAUUUAUACUUAUGGAUGGGUUGAUUUACAGAAUUAUUGUGCUCUAAAUAUACCACUUGUCAGUAAAAAGUACCAUUUGUGGUGUUCCGUAUAUAGAAUGAAAUUCCAUCCUUCUAUAAACUUCCAUAUUUCCAAGUACAAGUAGAACAUAAUGUGUAUUUCUUCAUUUAAAUAAUGGCAUGAUUUAAUCUACACUGAAAUAAAAAUGAGCAAAGUCCACAGACAACCUAGUCCCAAAGGCAUGGCAAACUACACAGGUCCUACUGGUUUAGUAGCACAAGUGUUUAUCUUGAUGACAGUAACUGAUGUCACAGCAAUAACUACCGUCAGUGGCAUCUGAUAAAACUAUAACCUUGUUUUGUUAAUUUUAAGAAUCUUUAUAAAAAUAUAUUUGAUGCAAAGCAUGUCAAAUAUUGGUUUCGCCCAUAGUAAUGAAAACUUGGAUCUAGUUAGUGGCAAGUGAAAUAUUUGGCCUCCAUUCAUUGCAAAUAGGGAGUAUUUGUCUGUGUAUAUGUUUUGCCUAUUAUGCACUUGUUUAGUUAUUUCAAGUUGUGACAAAAUUCAAAAAUUCUGGCAAAAUAGUAGGAACUGGCAUUUGACAUAUUUAAGAUGCAACUUGGAAACUUUCAUUUAAACUUUUUUUUGCAUGUCUAUUAGAAGAAAGUAGAUCUAUAUAGGUAACCUGAUAAUGUGGGACAAAGUGAUUUGUCUUUUGCAGCAUCUUUAUCCCAUACUAUUUUUGUAAAAGGCAUUUAUUUUUCAGUGUCAUACUCUUCUAUAUUGUCUAGCUAAAUUUGCACAGAAUUUUCAGUAGUUAGUCACUUGAUUACAAGUGUAAAAAUGAGCACUUGCUAUGAAAUGUUGUAAUACAUGAUUUAUAUUGGCCAUAAAUGGUAUUUCUGGAAUUAAUGUUUUAAUCAUUUGUUGCUAUCUGCAUUGUCAUCUCCUGUCAAUGGGACAACUUCCCCUUUCACCAGAAGAUACAUGAAGUGUAUUUGAAUACCACAACUGGAAUACUAUUAUAAAGUACUAAAACAAAGUUUUAAUGAUUUCAAUCUACUUGGCUUUAACUUAUUGUGAAAGAUAUUUUGCUGAAAUUGAUUGUGGAAACUGAUACUUCUGUGCUCUGCACAUUGAGAGACUUGCAUGCAAAUAAACUGUAAAGAUGUUUCAAGAGACUUUGAUUUAUUCUGCUAAUCUAAUUGCAAUUAGACUUUGGAAGUUGGUGACAACUUGGGUAGGUAAAUAAUUCUCCCCCUGUAUUCACCAAAACUAAAUUUACCCCAUUGACUUAACAUAUUUGAGCCACAUUUUGUAUUCAUCCCUUAAUGUCUUAAUUAAAUUUAAAACAUAGGAUUUUAAACUUGGUAUGAUGGCCUAAAUUAACAUUGUUAAUGGUGAUCAUCAACACUGAUUAUGAAAGCUUUGUAAAUGUAAACUAUUGAACUGAUGGGGGACAUGGGCAGGUCUAAAGUCAUUACUGAUUUCAUAGCUUGCCUUAACUUUUAACUUGAUACUGAACUGGAUUUUAUCUACCUGCCUUUCAAUCCAGUACUAUCCUUUAAAUCCAGACUGCUUCACUUUUAAUAAAAUGUGAUUCUAAACUUUGUAAAUAAACAGGUAAAAGACCUAUUUGUUUUUUGACUUGAGGGAAUGACAUCAUUAUAAAUGGUUAAAUGUUAGUUUGUAUGGUUGUAUGCUCUGUACCUGAAAACAUCAGUCUUACACUUCAAACAUGAGAAACAUCUUGCCUGCUUUUUGGUAUCAUUUGCUACAAAGUAAAAGUGCUAAAGGACUGUUUUCACACCACUUGUUUGUUUUUUCUUAAAGCAGUGUCCAGAUUUUACAUGCUUGUGGUACUGCUGUGUCAAAUACUGUCUGUUACAGUAUUUCAUGGUUUACAAAAUAAAUCUUUAAAUCUGAAAAGUGGUGUCUUGCAAUAUUUCCUUUCUACUUUUAGUGUGGCUGGUUACCACCACUAGAUUAACAGUUUGCACCUGGUAGAUGCUAGUACAGAUGGCUGAAUUUGUUUUUUUGCGAACUGGCUA